CUUCUUCAAUUUUUGUUGUUUGUUCUUCUUCAUCUUUGUUUAUAUGUCGUCAGAUGAAAAGAACAAUCCACAACAUAACUAUGAUCCUUUCCAGGGAUUCAACCGAUCAACUUUUCCCUUCUAUGACGACAAAAAUCCUUCCAUUUACCACCGAUCUGCGGCUCCAACACCAGCAGCGGUACAGGCCUUCGAUCCUUCAUACAUGAGCUUCAACGACUACUUUAAUGGUGGUUCCGUCAUCAACUACAACUCCUUUUCGAGAGCUUUGGACAUGUCUUGUUCUUCAUCAGAUGUUGUCAGUGCCAUGGAUGACAGUACAGGUACUACUAACAACACCAAGAAUUCAGUGGGGGGUGAUAAACAUAUUCAGAUCCAUAAUAUUUCUGAAGAAAUCCCAUCAACACCCAAUUCCUCAGUUUCUUGCUCCUCUAAGGAAGUCGAAGAUUCAAGCAAGACUAAGAAAGAGAAGCAGCCAAAAGGGUCUGAAGAUCAUGGAGAUGACAGGUCGAAGAAAGUGAACAAGGCAACAAAGAAGGAGAAACAGCAAAAGGAGCCGAGGUUUGCAUUCCUCACAAAGAGUGAGAUUGAUAAUCUUGAAGAUGGUUACAGGUGGAGGAAGUACGGACAGAAGGCCGUCAAGAAGAGCCCCUAUCCAAGAAGUUACUACAGAUGCACAAGCCUAAAAUGUGGCGUUAAGAAGCGAAUCGAGAGAUCGUAUCAGGACCCAUCAGUGGUGAUCACAACGUAUGAAGGAAAGCACAACCACCACAUUCCGACGACUCUUCGAGGACACGGUGCCGGGAUGUUUUCGCCUCCUAUUAUGGCAUCGUCAGCCUCCGGUUUCCCUCAUGAAUUCCUAAGCCAUUUCCUCCCAUCAUCAAGCAAUAAUCCAGUGGGAAAUACCAACUUCAUGCACUGUCAAACUCUUUCUCCUCAGCAGCCGCAACAGCACCAGCAGCAGGUUCAAGUUCCUGAUUAUGGAUUAUUACAAGAUUUAGUUUCUUCCUUCAACCGCAAUCAGUUGCCAUGAAUGAAUGGAGGCCAUAUAUGGGGUUUAGUUAAAGUAUGAAGUUUGGGGCUUUUCACUCCUUUUUGUUGUGCAACAUGUUUAUUUUCACUCUAGGCAUGGAAUUGUUGUACCAUUGGCAACCCUGAGAGAAGAAUAUUUUUUGGUUUUAGGA